GUCGUUGGGAAAAUUUAAAGGCUUUUAAAGACAAAUCAGUAAGAAGAUUUGAUUGUAUUAAAUUAUUUGACCCUCUAUAUAUAACAGGUGUUUUCACACUCAUGGCAAUCACCUAUUGUCAAAGAAAAAGAGAAACAAGUACGUUUGUUUAUUUCCUUGAGAUUUGUCAUUUUUUUUCUUGAUUUGGUAAUAAUGGGGAACUGCAUGGAGAGGUGGAUGCAAGGAGAAGGAGAAGAAGGAAAGAUAGAGGUAAGAGAAAAGACAAAAGAGUUAUUCAAACUUGAUGGUGAUGAUGAUGAAGAUGGACGUCAAGGUGGAACGAAGGUGAAGAUAGUACUUACAAGACAUGAAUUGGAUAUGUUUUUGCUUCAGAUGAAUAGGAAUCAUGAUGGAAACUUGAUGAUGACAAAGGAUGUUAUGGUAGAGCUAGAGAAGAGGAUCAUAAAACCAUCAUCAUCGUUAUCAUCAUCGAUGGCGUGGGAACCGUCUUUAGAGAGCAUCAUGGAGUGCCCUGAAGUCCAAGAGAUGGAUAGAUGAGGAUGCUAAAGAUAAAAUAUAUGAUGAGUUUAUGAUGAUCAUCGGAAUCUAUAUUGCAUUUUGUUUAAUCACGGUGACUAGAGAUUAUAAAAUUAACAUUUUUGUAUCAGUUUAUGUUGUUAGAUAGACUAGACUCGAGGUCGAUAUCGUACCAUAUAUAUACUAAGAUCUUUAAUC